ACAACAUUACCUAUCACCUACAGCAAGAAUUAUUUAAAAAUAUUAAUUAUUACGAAAGUUAUAAACAAAUUAAGUGAAAUUUGUGAUAAAAAACACAAAUUAUACAAAAAUCAACACAAAUUUGAUGAAAACCAACAUAAAAUCAAAGUGUAAAGCAUAAUAAUUGUUAUCCAACAGUAAUUAACCAGUUUCAAAGUGUUAAACACAUAAAACUUGACAAAUUGUUUGUGAAACAACGUCGAAAGUGUUGAAAACUUGACCUGACAAUUUGUUGACUGUAUCCACGUCGCGUGCCAAGUCAAUCCAAUCAAUAGACACAUUGAAUAAUUGGAUAGUGCAAAGAGCGGAUUUUUCCGUUACAAAACGCAGUUUACAGUAAGAAACCAAGCAGUGCGCAAGCAAAAAUAGCGCAAUAACGCGUUCGGUGCGUCCGCGACCAAGGACAAGGCCAAUUUGGCAAUAUUUCAUCAGACGCAACACAAGGACAUCAAACGCAAUCAAAAUUAAACGAUAUAAACAUAUCCUUAAGUUUUAUGUAACACCACAUCACGAGCAAUACGUGUGUAACGCUCUGCGCGUGUGUAAACUUUGCGCGAAAGCGAAAUUCGCGCUGACACUUCGCGAUUAUCGAGCGCGCGCCUAAACACAGCUUAUUAAUUGUGUAAUAAGUGAACAUCCAGACGCUUUAGUAUAAUUCUAAACGAUGCGUUGUUGUACCCAGCGUGUAAUCGCAGCCUGAGUUAACCGCAGCGAUUAGAUUUGUUUGCUGGAAAGUGAAAAUGCUGACACUGCGAAUUGCGCGACGCGCGAACGCGGACGUUUGCUGGUCGGUGAGCGUCGCAAUCGAACGCUGUUUACUCCUAAACGCAACCUCAAUGCGUACUUCAAAAUAUUCAACAAAGUCCACGGCAUUCACAGCUCCAGUCAGUCACAGUCGACGGUUCUCAGACGCAGCGCGUGCACGCAUGGAAUCCACAUCAAUCUCGGAUAUGAGCAUGACGGCCCCGGAUUUCCAGCAAUUCGCGGAGUUACCUGAGCUCAAUGAAGAAGCAAUGAAGGAAUUGUUCCGUUUUGAAGACUAUGACUGCGUUGGUUUCGACCUGGAUAAUACAAUAUGCCGAUAUAAAGUCUGUAAUAUGGUUAAAAUGGAAUAUGACGCUCUUGCACAAUACCUGAUCAACGAGUGUCACUACUCAGCGAAGUAUCUCAGUCAACCGAUUGAAGAAGACGGCGUGCAGUUUAUGAUCAAAGGAUUAAUUCUCGAUGUCAAAAAGGGUAACCUUCUACGGAUUGCACCUGAUGGAAAAAUCUUGCAUGCGUCGCAUGGAAGUAAAGAACUCACACAAAAUCAAAUCAUUUCGUAUUAUGGACCUGAAAUGCGAUGGGAAGUUACUGAUCUGUUUAUCCGUGACCCACUACACACCUGGAAUGGCCCACUGUCUGAAUCCAUGCGUACUUUGUCUGAUUAUUUCGAUAUGCCUGUGAGUUUGGCUUUUGCUCGAGCUGUGGAUACUCUGGAUGAAGUCAACAAUGGUCCACUCGAUAACUAUGACAUAUAUCCACAUAUACAACAAGCUUUACAGAAUAUGUUUCAGAAAGAACACUUCAGUAUGAGUAAAGGUGGCUAUUUUCCUAAUGUAAUAUCAAAUCCAGAUAAUUACAUCCAUAAAUGCAGUGAUAACCUCAUAAAUUGGUUCAAGGAGCUGAAAAAGACAAAAUUAUUGUUUCUAAUCACUGGUUCUAAUGUUGAUUUUGCUUCGCAUACAGCUACAAAGUCUCUGGGUGCCAACUGGGCUGAGUUGUUCGAUAUUGUGAUUUGUUUCGCAAAGAAACCUGGGUUUUUCACUCAGAAACGACCGUUUAAAGCACUGGAUGGGUUUGUGGAGACACAUGAAGUGUCUGAUGAUGAUCUCCAGCGUGGAGGGAUUUAUACCUCUGGGAAUUGGGAUGGUGUGUAUAAAUUCCUGAAGAAAACCAGUGGGAAACCACAUCCGAAGGUGGUAUACAUUGGAGAUCAUUUAAUACAAGAUGUUUACACACCGUCUGCGCAUACGAAUUGUGAUACAGUGGCGGUGUGUGAAGAAUUAGAGGCUGAAGGUAUUUAUGGGCAUGAAAAGACGCAUCACGAUGAUGAUUUCUUGGUGUCGAGGAGAUGGGGCUCGUAUUUUCAUCAUAAUGAGAAGGAGAAUGUGUGGUUGGAUUUUCUGAGGAAACAUGCGAAGCUGGUGGUGCCUAGCUUGGAGUACGUGGCGAAAUUCCCGACUUAUCAUCGGUUUUCCAGCUUGCAAUAAUGAUUGUGUCUAAUCUAAUCGCAUUUUUUCUGUUUCGAUUGAUGCUGGAGUAUUAUAAAAUACCAAGUAUUUUAUCUACGGAUAUUUUUAUAGAUGUGAAUACGCGUGAUCUAUAAUAUAUAUUUUAUUUUAUUAUAUAGAUACUUACUGUUCUGUCUGACAGGUUUAUGAUUUUUUUUUUUGAAGAUGUUGAUUUUUGUGUCAAGAUUUUAUUUUUGUUGCAUUGUAUUUAUUUUGAAGAAUGUACGAUGAUUUUAAUAGAGAACGUAUUGAAGACUUGAA